AUGAUGGAAAGACUCGUAAAUGAAAGAUUCCUAUGGUGGCUUGAAAACAAUAAAAAAUUGAAUAGAUUACAAAACGGUUUUAGGAGGGGAAAAUCUUGUUCGGAAAAUUUGGCCAAAAUCACUGCGGACAUAAAAAGCUCUAUCUUGUUGGAUGGAUACUCAUUGGGGGUAUUCUUAGAUGUGUCCUCGGCAUAUGACAAUGUGGAUUUUAGUACAUUAAAGAGAAAAUUAAUUUCGGAGAGAUGUCCAAAAAAAAUUUUCAAUUUUAUUAACAGGUGGUUACAAACUAGAAAUACCGAAUUUAUUGUUAACAACAAUAAAUCACUGUUUAGAAAUGUUGACAAGGGUUUGCCUCAGGGAGCGGUACUCAGUCCAAUUUUGUAUGCGUUUUAUACGAAUGACAUAACCAACGAAAUAGAAAAUGACAUUAAUGUCUUACAAUUCACGGACGAUAUCGCGUUAUAUAGGUGUAGCUAUAGUAGACUAGACAAUAAGAAUCGUAUUGAAGCAGCUGUGCAGACAAUUGGAAAAAAUUUAAGUAAAAUCAACUUAGAAUUAGAACCAAAAAAAACAAACCUCGUAGAAUUCUCAAAAUCAGGUUUUAUUGAUAAGAAUUUGAACAUCAAAAUCAAGGGAAUGGAGAUCAAUAACCAGGGGACAGCAAAAUUUUUGGGUAUCUGUUUCGAUAACAACUUAAAAUUUGUUCAACAAAUUAAGGAUGUUAGAGGGAAAAUUAAUAGAGCGAAUUCAAUCCUUAAAUACCUAAGUAACGUGUCAAGAGGAGUAGAAAUUAAUACGGCACUUAUGCUGUACAAGAGUAUCGUUAGAUCCAUAGCGGAUUACGGUAGUUUUAUAUACGCACCCCAAAAUGAAGAUGCGAAAUUAAAAAUAGAACGGGGUCAAUUUUUGGGCGUAAGAACAGCCCUAGGCUAUAGGAAUUCCACUCCAAAUAAUGUGAUAAUGGCAGAAGCUAAAUUAACCUACUUGUCAGACAGAGCUUUAAUGUUAGCAAAAAAUUUUUGCCUUAGAGUUUAUAAAUAUGGAAUAGAUAGUAUAAGAUUAAGUCUGAAUAAUCUAGUCGAAUCCGAAAAAUAUAUUAGAUAUAGGAAUCCCUUGAAAAAGAUCAGUAUUUUGAGCCAGGCUUGGACCUACGCUAAUGGUAACAGCAAUGUCAUUGGAGAAAAAGAAAACGGUUAUGAAUUAUGGAAUAUGGAGUAUGAGACUCUUAAUACGAAAAUAGAGAUGGACUGUGAAAUCGGUCAAGAAUAUAGUAUUAUACCAAAAAACGUUCAAUUUAAUGUCAAUAAUAUUAAAGGUUAUAACAACAUAGAUAAAGAAUUUAUUAAUAACACUAAAAAGAAAUACAAAUUAAAUGACAAGACAUUGUUUGUGUACACUGACGGGUCGAAGUCUUUAAACUCAGUAGCUACAGGUGUGGGCAUAGUUUUCGAGGAUCAGGAGGAGGGAUUUUAUGCGAGUAUUCCUAAAAAAUGUUCUAUUUUUACGGCGGAAGCGUUCGCCAUAAAGACUGCGUUGGAAAUGGCGUAUAGAAAAAGAGAUAGUUAUAAUAAUUUUGUUAUUGCUACGGAUAGUAAAUCAGUGCUGCAAGCUGUAUGUUUUAAAAAAUUGUAUACUUACCAAAAUAAGUAUGUACUAGAAAUUAAGAAAUGGUACUGUAAAUUUAAAGAGUCAAACAAAGAGAUAAUAUUUGUGUGGAUCCCAUCUCAUCGUGGGAUAUCCGGUAAUGAAUUGGCAGAUUAUUUGGCUAAAUGUGGUGCGGAGGAAGCAGCAGGCGAGGAGAUUGAGGUGCCAAUUUACGAUUUAAAAGUCGAGACGAUCGAACAAGCAUGGAGAAGUACAAUGGAAAAGAACAUUAGGCUUUUCGAAACAAAGGGAUGUUUCUAUUAUGAAAAUUUUCACAGUGGGGACAAAAAACCCUGGUUUCACGGAAGAGAGGCGGAGAGAGGUUUUAUGACCUUUAUUAAUAGAAUUAGAGUAAACCAUUAUAAUUUGAACGCCUCACUAGCUAGAAAGGGAUAUAUUGAGGACGAGAGAUGUGAAUGUGGAAACGAGAUGGAGGACAUCGAUCACGUGGUGUGGCGCUGUAGCAGAUACGACGAGGAGAGAAUGGUAAUGGGAGAGAUCCUACAGAGAAACGAUUUGGAGGGAGUGGAGAGUGUCGUGGAUUUGAUCAAGGAAGAGAAUUGGCCUAAAGUCAAAAUAAUAUACGACUUUAUAAAGAAGACGAAAAGAAUCAUAUAA